GGCGCCGAUGCUGAGGACUCCGUCCUGCGUGCGACGUCGAGCGCGCAGACGUCGCUCGACCGCGCGAUGCUGCUGUGCAGCGCGGUGCUAGAGGAGAAACUGGACGUCCUCGAGGCGGCAAGCAGCUGCGACCGCGCGGCGGCCGGCGCGGCGAUGAUCGCCGAGGCGACGGCGCAGGCGCUGGCGGGGCCGUCGAGCAUGGGCAGCCCGCGGCUGCCGCCGAUGAGCAGCUGCAGGGAAACGCUGGUGCACCGGCGGCGGCCGCGGCCGGGGGCGUCGCCGAGGGCGGAGGAGCCGGGGGGCGGCGGCGGCGGCGGCGGGGCGGCGGGGGCGGCGGCACUGUUUGGGGGGGCGCAGCGGCGCGACCAGGCGGCGCCGUGA